GGUUAUCUUUCUGUGGUUCAUAGUGUUCUGAAAUUGCAGUAUUUCACUUUUAGUAGCUGCCGAUAAAUUAGCUAUUGCUCGUUACAUUCUCAAUAGAGAGUUGAUGGUUACUUGUUUAUGACCUUGCCGUCAGCCACCAGGACAAAAGCACUUCUUCCAUCUGCCACCUAGAGUCUUAACUGACAAAGCAGGCCCCCAGUAUGGUGAGCAGCAGCUGAUUGGCUGUUAGUAGCGUUCUGGCUUUGAAUGACAAUGGAUGAGGGAGUGAGGAAAGACUGAGAUUAAUCCUGCAGUAGAAGGCUGUAAACUCUAACAGCAAUAUAACUGCUGAAUGGAAAAGAAAAUAAUACUGUUAAUUUAUAUGUCCAGGCACAGCUUUUGGCCGCAGAUCUCUUUCUUGUCAGGCUGAUAAGGAAAAAGGCAAACGUGAUGCUACAAAAUGGAAUAUUCAAAGCACCAAGGAAUGCAACAAAGAUGCGAAGAUCUACAUGUGAAUGUACAUUUUAUGAACCUUUCAGUUUACGCUUUAGUCAGUUAAAUGAAUGCAACUGAUCUGCUAUAACGUGGAACAUGGCUCAGACAAGUGGAGUUGUGCGCUUCCUCCCUGAAGGAGAUUGCAUACUUUCAUCUCCAAGAGUUCUCAGAGAAGUGGAAGGAAAACCAUGGCUGCAGUCCUUCAAUUCUGGGGUAGCUUUCAGUCCUCAACGCUGUUUCACUCCAGACCUCAACUCUCGCAGAAUUCAAGUACUGAGAAAGAGCCUUACACCAGAAGCCAGACGAGCUCAUCUAGGAAUGUAUAAUAGCACAGGGUCAUUGGUUUGCAAUGUUUCAGAUCUGGUACAUAAGUCUGGAAGGGUUACAGCACCCUGCAGCCCAUUGAGAAGCAAUCCAUUAUACUCUCCAGGUAGCAGGAGACCAUUCGUGCUUCCUCAGACUGUGGGACAAAGUUCCAUUGUAACGUUUACAUUUGUUAAGAAAUCAAGCGUACAGACAUUAAAUGGGAUACAGGCAGAGCCUGACUCCAGUCCAAAUGUGCUACAGGAAGGCAAACCCCAUGGUGUUGAAUGCUCUGCUUGCACUGCCACCGAACCAGAAGCAUGCCUUGGAGAAAACGUGGAGACGUCAGAUGCUCAUAAAAAUUGUGAUAAAAUUGGAUUGCCACAGCUUACAUCUUCUCCCCAAGGGAGUAGAGCGCAGCUGGUGUCUGAUAGUCCUCAAAUAUGCCGGAGGCUAUUAGACAAUGAAUCGGGCAGAGGGAGUCCCAGCUCUGUCAGUGUGUCAGACUGUCAUCUGAGCCUUCAUAGUGAUUCUCCAAAUAAACAUGUUAAUACAAGGAGUCUUACACCAAACAUUACAUCAUCUUCAGAUAAACCCUUGAGUCCUUCUCAAAGUCCCUUGCUCAAACGGUUUGCAGGAGAUUCUAAUUUCUGCAAAGAUGAGCUUACAUCGUCAACUCCAGAAGGACAUAAUGAACUGCCAAGAAGCCCAGGAAGACUAGAACUUGGCCAGCAGGUAGACUUAUGGGGAUAUCCAAAGGAGGCUUCUCUUCAUGCACAGAAGAUUGCAAAGGCAAAAUGGGAGUUCUUCUAUGGAUCUCCAGAAUCACAAAGGGCUGGUGUGCAGCCACCUGAGUAUUCAUCACUUCCAUGUUCACCAAUUAGCCCUGGCAGUUCAAGGAACACCCAUACCUCUACAGAGCCUGAUGUGUAUGAGCAUAGCCUGUGCCAUGUGGAAGUUGAAAUUGAGAAAACCUUUUCAUCUGAUCAAAUCCCUGAAGUCUGUGAGACAGGCAUUAUACGCAGAACUAUCAAAUACUCUGAAACAGAUCUGGACGCUGUGCCAUUAAGGUGUUAUCGAGAAACCAACAUUGAUGAUAUACUGGCAGAAAAUGAAGGACUAGAUUCAGCCAUUGGCAGCCAAAAAGACAGUGAGAGCAACAGGAGCAUCACCGAUACCAGUGCAGAGAAGCAAGAACAGCAAGAGGAGGUUGCCAUUCCUGAAAUUCCUGGAUUUCCUAGAGAUGUAGUUCAAGACAAUGCUGAUGAGGAUGAAGAUGAAGUGUUUGAACCAACAAAGAUUGGAGCAAUGAAGAGGGAGGCUAUACCGACUCCCCUGCGAUCUCCAGUGACAUUCCGUCUAUGUCAUCGACUGUCAGAAGAUGGCAUGGACUCCUUCAGCAAGCAUUUUGAGAGCAUCAUGGAAUCUCAUAGAGCUAAGGGUACAUCCUAUUCAAGCUUGGAUUCCAUUGACAUCCUUUCUUCCUCUGUACAAAACCAGAAUAGCUUUUUCACAUUUGACCUUCCCACAUUAACCUCUGAAACACAGAAGCAGAUUUGUAAGAAUGCUCAGCUUAUUGAAGACAACUUUGCACCCUUGGCUCACCUAGAGCUGGACUCUGGGACAAGUUCCGCCACUGACUCAGCCUGGAGUGAGAGAGAGGAAGAAACAGUACAUGCUAUCGGAGCUGGGAAAGAUGAGCUGCAUAGUCCGUCUCCAUCCGAGGACAGUUUAAUCAUUGCUGAUGCCAUUGUACACAGUGAACCGCCUCUUGGCAAUAUGGCAUCCGAUUUUGAAUCAGAGAUGGACAGCACUGAACAACUGGCAUUAGGAAGUACAGACACCUUGUCCAACGGACAUAAGGCUGAUCAGGAAGCAGCUAAACGCUUGGCAAAGAGACUUUACAAUCUUGAUGGGUUCAAGAAAGCUGAUGUAGCAAGGCACCUAGGGAAGAACAAUGAGUUCAGUAAGAUGGUCGCAGAGGAAUAUUUGAAGUUUUUCGUCUUCACAGGAAUGACCCUGGAUCAAGCCCUCAGGAUGUUUUUGAAGGAGUUGGCUCUUAUGGGUGAGACGCAAGAGAGAGAGAGAAUUUUGGCUCAUUUUUCCCAACGAUAUCAUCAGUGCAAUACCAACAGUAUUUCAUCUGAAGAUGGAGUUCAUACCUUGACAUGUGCACUAAUGUUGUUAAACACAGAUCUGCAUGGACAUAACAUUGGCAAAAGGAUGUCGUGUUCAGAAUUCAUUGGAAAUUUGGAAGGAUUAAAUGAAGGAAAAGACUUUCCAAGGGAGCAUCUCAAGGCCUUAUACAGCUCGAUUAAGAAUGAGAAGUUACAGUGGACAAUAGAUGAAGAAGAACUCAGGAAAUCACUUUCAGAACUUGCAGAUCCAAACCCUAAAUCCAUAAAACGCAUUAAUAGUUGUGGGAAGCCAUUCCUUGACUUUUCUCAAGAUCCCAAUAUCACUACAUACAAAUAUGGAGUACUUGUGCGAAAAAUUCAUGCAGAUCCUGACUGCAAAAAAACACCUAGAGGAAAGAGAGGAUGGAAAACUUUCCAUGGAAUAUUGAAGGGGAUGAUUUUGUAUCUACAAAAGGAGGAAUAUAAACCAGGAAAGCCUAUUUCUGAAGAAGACUUAAAAAAUGCAAUCAGCAUACAUCAUUCUUUGGCUACAAGAGCAUCCGACUAUAACAAAAGGCCAAAUGUCUUCUACCUGCGAACAGCAGACUGGAGAGUAUUCCUCUUUCAGGCUCAAAAUACAGAACAGAUGCAUUCAUGGAUCACACGUAUUAAUGUGGUGGCAGCUAUGUUUUCUGCUCCUCCAUUCCCAGCUGCAAUUGGAUCUCAUAAGAAAUUCAGCCGACCACUUCUUCCAAGUGCCCUCACCCGCCUUUCCCAGGAGGAUCAGGUGAAAACACAUGAAGCUAAAUUCAAGAGCAUGUCAUCUAGCUUAAUAGAACAUCGUACCUCUCCUCCAGAUAGGAAGGUGAAAGUAAAAAUGGAUGAAUUUAAACAGAAGGAAGACUACCUAGAAUUUGAGAAAUCCCGUUAUGGUACUUACGCCAUGCUCCUUCGAGCCAAAUUGAAGGCGGGUACAGAAGAUUUGGAAGCGUUUGAAAACAGUUUAUUUGACUCGGCAGAAAACGAUGAGGAUGGACUAAAAAAAUCACGUUCUAGUCCCUCUCUAAAUCUCGACCAACCUGUUUCAGCCACCAAAGCUAAAUGUCACACGUCUUCACGAGGCAGCUCCAGACCGACACACAGCAGCACCAGGCAGAAGUCUUGAGCUGUCUGCCUCUUCAGAUCUUGGUAAAAGAAAUGUUUGAGGCCCCUUCUUCCUCUAUAGCUGGUAUGUUGGGUUCUAAGCUGGUACCAAUAAGUAUUGCAUGAUUUCAUACUUUCUGCUGGUACAUGUUGUGACAGGCUGGAACCUCAGAGUUUCUGAAAGGAGCAGUGGGAUUCCUAUAAGGGAUGACAAGCAGCACAGUCACUACAAACACUGCCUAUAUGUAAGAGUCAACAGGAAUUGCGCAAGAAGAGAGAACUGCAUGUGAGUGAAAGCUUUUCAAAAUGUUUUUUUUCUCUCUGUCUCGGUAACGAUUUAAAUUUUUUUGUUUUAUACGUAAGCCAUUCAAAUCCAGCGGGACCAUGUUUUUUAAAUUUUAUUAAUGGGAACCAAAAAUGAAAACAAACAAGUUUCCUUGCAUACUGAAGUGGAGUUUACUAUUAAAAAGUACAGCACAUAAACUUUGCUACAAUCAAAUAUUUUUUAUGGCGACAAUGAAGAGAUGAAAGCCUCCUGUUCUAAACUUACAAGGGCCAUGUACAGAAUUUCUAUUCUUGUUUUGUAUGUGAUCCGGCUGCUCUAGCCAUGCAAAGGAGAGAACGGUUUGCAGUGACAGAACUUGACAAAAACACUUGGAUUCUCCUUGGCAAAAUGGCAUCCCCAAUACAGGAUGGUGCCAUUUCUUAACUGGUUUCCUCCAUUUUUGUGACAUAUUUUUGCACUUUUACUACUUUAUUGAAUUCAAGAUUGUCAUGCUGAUAUUUUGUAGUAUUAAUGCUCUUUUUGAGGUUUGGAAGUUAUUUGCUUUCAUGCAAAAAAAAAACUAAAAAAGAUUGAAUGUCAGUUAGAGGUUUACACUUUAGGAAAUAGACAACAGCGCAACAUUGUCUGCAUGGUUCAGAAAUAUAGUGACUCUUUCAGCAUGGGCACUGGAUCUAGCCAAUCAUAUCUUGUGUCUGGCUCAUGAUGAAUACCAGCAAAAAUUCAGUGUAUCAAAGUCUUUGGAAUGAUGUUAUUACUUAGGACAUUGGAAGCAGAGGUCAGAAUUUGAGACAGAUCUGUCACCAGACAGGCUUGGCCCCAUCCAAAACAGAUAUUUAGGUUUUGAUAAAUACUUAAAGUAUAACUAACGGCAAAAGUUUUUAUUUUUUUUAGUUUUAGAUAGAGCAGAGAGGGAUUGAACCUCCUGUCAUGUUGCUGUCUGUGCCCCAAUUUAAGGAGAUUCACUGUCUAUAUUUUUCAUGUAUACCAUUUUCCCUGAAAGUGAAAGUAAAAGAAAAUCACUAAUUUUCGGUUGUCCCCAGAACAGGAAUAGAGGAGAAGUAUUCCUAUGGGGGGGGACAAGUUCCAGUGAUAACCAAGGACUCCCUCACUUUGAAAAAAAAUCCUCUCACUUCCUAUUUUGGAUAUGGGACAAGACGUGAAGAAAAAUAUCUACAAAUGGACUCAGAUGGUGAAAAAAAAAAAUGAUAGGGUUUAUAACCCUCCAUUUACUCUAUUUACUUUUGCCUUUAGUUCUACUUUAAGAGAGAAAACUGCGGCUUCUUUUUUCUCUAAAGGAAGAUUUCUGUGCUCUGCUAAAUACACCUGUCGCAGCAAAAGUGAGGGGGUUCUUUUUUAACGUUAAAUUUAUUGUUGAUCAAAGAAAGUAAAACAGGAGUGGGAACACCCCCCGGGAGGAACUUCAAAGUGCCCAGGAACUGUGGAAGUGAAAUGUUUUUUCUGGAGUCCCAAAGAGAUAUAGGAAACCCGAAGAUUAAUAGUUCUUGAGAAUCUACCUAUAACUGAAGGCUUUUUAGUGGAUCUCCCCUUUAACAUAAUUUUAUAAGCUGCAGCUGAAAACAUAUGCCAACUAUUAAAGCCAUACUAUAGUGCAGGCAAUCAGAGGUGUAUACAAAUAAUAAAGAACUGUUCUGUGCCAGAUUCAAUGAGAAACUUGGAUGUCACUUUUGUUUACUUAACGAUUUAUCUUAGUAGCACAAUAGCCAUGAGUACCACUCUUAUUUUGAAUUUAGUUAUUUUGUACUUAAACCAAGACCAGCUACAUUCAUGGCAUCUAUUUAUCUGAUUUGUGAUGUGCCAUAACCUAAUCAUAAUUAAUCUUACAAGAAUAACCUCACUGUAUUACUUUUAUUGUUAGCUGCAAAAUUACAAAUGUGACAUAUAAUUUUCUUAACUUUGACUAAUAUUUGAUUGUACACAAAAAUUAUUAUCAACAGCUAUCUCAAUAUCUGUUAAUAUGACAAGGCCCAUUUACUGAUGUGGGUUGUAUAAGCCUUUAGAUUGUGAAGUGGAUUAUACCUGGGCUGAGCAUAGACAUAGCAAGAAAAUGCAGAUAAGGUAUGCCCAUUCUUAUAGUCCCUUCUCAAUGCCAAAUAACAGGAUUGCCAUCCAGUUUGCUCACAUUGGGUAAAUUAGGUGAGAUUUGAUCGAAUUGUGAUCUCUGACCAGCUGCUGCCAUGAUCAUUGUGGCCUGUUAUCGAGGCUUAAGGGUGAGUUCUCACGCGGGCAGAAAGCUUUGACUUUUAGCAUCGUUAUUUGGGAGCUUAUGCUGUUAUAUUUUUUUGGCACCCAGUAUUUUAGGACAUGUUGUGGAACCUUCAGCUAAACAAACAGAGAGCUACAAUACAAACAUAUGCUGCAAUUCUAUGGGUUAAAAAAGAAUGUUAAAUUGGAUAAUUCUAUUAAGUUGUAUGUAACAGUAGACAUACCCAUGUUAGGUGUAAAAUUUGGGCUUGGCUUCAGUCAUGAACAAUUGAAAAUCCCUUUUACAAACCCAAUUUUUAAGUCAUAGGAUGCUAUCAGGUAAACACCAACUAUGUUCCUUAAAUGUAUCCCAAGCAUGUUUGUAGUAAACUUUGCUGAUUACCCACUAUAGAUACUUGUGGUUCCUAGUAUCUCCCCUAAUCUUUUGGGAGACAGCACAGUUCUAUACCUCAGUUGUUAGGCUAUGAUGGAACAAUAUAACCAGACCGUUCACGGUGAGCCCUCCUCUGAACUAAUGCAACGCUCAGUAGAGCCUUCUUAAUACAGAAAGUAUUAGAUACAUGCCAGCUGCCUCCCACUUCUGUCCCUUAGCCCAGCACUACUUGUCAGAAUAAGCUUUUACACUUAGAAUCCAGUGCUUUCUACUUUAAAAUCCAUUUAACACAUCACAUAUAUUUACAUGGUAGAUGCAAACUGAUUUUGUAUUUCAUCAUGUUUUAUUAUGGAGAACAAUGUUUUUAAUGUGAAAACAUUCAUCCCCACUCACAAAUAAUUAAUCUUCCUGUAUAGCAUGUUAAGGAUAGAUUCUCCUCUUUGUCUCUUUUUAUCCAGACAUCAAAGUAAAUACUUUAAUCUUCCACAGUACAAACUGCUCAUUAGCAGGAGAGAUUUCCUAAGAGCUGGAAACCCUGAGAGAACUGUGCCACUCAUUCAUUAGCAGCUGCUCAGCAGCUUAAUAAACACACUUUUCUCUUCUUUAGGCACUUUCCCCUCUCAGUAUAUAUGACUAUCAUGGCUAACACCAAAAGGUGUUUUUAACAGAAGUAUGUUUCCAAACAAGGCCGAAAAAAAUUCCAUUGAGGUUAAUUAAUGCUGUAGCUGAAUGUACAUUAUAUAAUUUUUAAGCUGCGCUUACUGAAGAGCUAUGAUCUUGACACGUGAGAGCUGUGGGUAUUUAUAAUGCCUUCAGCAGCUGAAGGAGGAUGCAUCCUUUAAGGCAAUUUGUAGACAUGCAAUCAUCUAUUGUAAAUAAUCAUAUAUGAACAUUUUUGAUUAUGUACAAAUAUCUAUAUGGAUGUGUAAGGUUAUCGGAGCAUAAUACUCUAAUCAUGUAUCUAUGAGGGCAUUAGCAUCUACAGCCAGGCAAUGCUAUACCCAGUGCAUACCUAUUAUGGAAAUGUGCUAAUUAUUUUUUUUGCGAUUUUAUAUUCAUGGCAAAAAGUUCAUCGAAACACCUGGCAAAAUAAAUUGGUGGAUUUUUUUUUAUAGUUUUAUGAUCACGUGAAUUUAAAUCACACAAGUCACAUUUAUAGAAAGAAGUGCCUGCUAUUGAUAAUAAUCUAUAUAUGGUUAAUAAACUAUACGUGAUAGAUAUACAUUAUGGGAUCCAAGUCCGUAGGUUAACCACAUGUUUAAAUGUGAUAUUUCUGUAAAGAAUCCAUUAGGAACUUUGCAUUAGAAUAUUUACCCUUGAGCUGUUCAUUAUCCUCAAUAGUAAUUUUCUUUUUUUAUUUAUUUUUUUAUUUAUUUUUUUCUCUUAAUCACAAAAUGUACAUUGGAGAAAAUUAUGAGUUUAGUUCAAGUGAAACUUAUUUGUAGGAUAUUAUUAAAAAAAAAGGAAAUGCUAAAUAUAUCCAAUUUACAACUUCUAUAAUUCUUUCUAUUUAGUCCUUGACCACCUCUCCUCUGCUACAUUAUUCUAUUUCCUUUCCUUUCUUUUAAAGCAGAAGUUGUAACUCUAAUAUUGGCCAUUUCAAGCACUGACUACAUCUAAAAUGGCUAAAACAAACACAACGCCAAUUGAAUUUCUUAAUUUGCUGUGAAGAAAACUGUUGCAAGCAUGAGGAUACAACAGUACCUGGUGGAGAAGCACAAGGGCAAUGCUUGUUUCUUCAGGAAAAACAUAGUUAUUACUGGCUCUAUAUGCAAUGACUCUAUCUCUGGAUUCAUAGUAGGAAAUAAACACCAACCAUUUUAUUAGACUGAUAUUUAGCGCUUAGGUGAAACAAUACAAUUUAUUACCUAGCAGCUGGAACUACUACUCCCACUCCAGGCGGAUAUCUUAACAGUAAGUAUAAGUAAACCAGAGCUUUAAUAUUGACCCAAUAAUGCAGUUCCAUAUCAUCAGUCCUAAUCUUCCUUUAAAACGUUUUUUUUUCUUUUAAAUAAAAAGUUAUUUUAAUUCCCCUAAUCGAAUCUUGUGACCCUUAAUGUAAGUGAGGGUCAAAUAAAGCUUUUUGUCAUAAUCCAUGUGUCUGGGUUUUUUCCUAUCAUGUUGUGCUCUUCCCCUCCAGACCUUAUAUCGGAGAAACUGGGGGAAAAAACAAAACCACAUGGUGUAAUAUGUUCUAAAGCAAAUCACAAUGUACUGAUAAGUGAUCAUGCUUACAUUUAUUGUGCCAAUCAAGUGCAACAAUUACUCUUCAUCAUGGUCAUCUAUCUAGAGGAUUAAAAAAAAAAAGCUUUAUUUGACCCUCACAAGCAUUAAGGGUCUCAAAAUUCUUUGAGAAUUUCAAAUAACUUCUUAAUGGAAGAAUAGGAUUGAUGAUAUGUGACUAUUAUUGAGUUAACAUUACAGCAAUGGUUUUCUAUACUUACUGAUAAAAAUGAUAUUUAAUUAAAUACAUUUUCAACAGUUGCAUGUCUUUUUCUAGCAAAUGGGCCUCAUAGUGGUUUUUCUAUAAGAUAAAAAAAAACACCAAAUUUACACCAUUUUUAUAUUUACGUUUGACACACCAUAUGAGUUAUAAACAUAUUUUUAUCUAGUUAAAAACCUAAAUUAGAUGCAUUUAAAAGAAAAUAAUUCUGUUUGCAAUCUGCUGUGAAAUGUAUUAUAAAUUCCAUCCAUGAACCAAAUCUUAGGUUGUUAAGAAAUAAGUUUAUAAUAAGGAAACUUGGUUCCAUUGGGUGCUAUAGCAGAGGCAAAUCCACACACUUUCAUUUAAUUGGUGGAAAAAGCCAUCUUUCACCAUUACAUUUUUUAAAUGAUUAGGAGAAAUGGUUUCCUGACAAAUUCACGAUUAAAUGAUCUCUAAAGCAAGCGUCUAGUUAUGACAAAAUGUCCUACUCAGCCAAAUAUUUAGUCUAGUUACUUUAUAAUACUUCAGUCUCAUGUCUUAUUAGCUUGGAAAUGUUAAACUCGGUCAAGUAAAGAAAACAAGUUGUUCUAUGAAGGCGCAUACUCCAGACAAAUGAACCAAAAGAAAUAGGACUAAUCUGAGGGGACGCUAAACAUUCCCAGCAGAUAGGAGUCCUGUCUUUCUUACAGAAGGUAAUGAGUGUGAAAUGUUAUUUUUAAUGUUGCCUGUCUGCAAUUUAGACAACUGUACACAGUUGAACCAGUGAUUAGAACACUGCUUAUUGAAGCACUAUAAAGCAGUGGCAUCGCUGAGGUCUGAAGUGCAAUAAACUUCAGUGCUGUGAUACUUUUUCAGAAACAUUCUAAUGUGUGUUCACUUUAUAUAUAGAAUGUCCACCUUGGCUGUUAUCCCCUUGUAUCCACUGUCAUGGCAAACAGAAGCUGCAGAUAUAGUGUUCUUAAAUAGUGGAAUAUCACUGGUAGGCAUAGCAUAAUCUCACAUAAAAAUAAACAUAGAGGAUGGUCAGGCUGAAUGUUUGGUGAAAACAUAUGAGAGAGACAAAUACUAAGCAUUCCACCUCCAUUAUGCAAAACGCCCCAUAACCUGUUCAUGGUUCAUUAUUUUGUGGGCGUCUUUAUUCUUUAGGGGAAAAAAAGUGUAAGUAAUUUUCUGUAUCAUGUUUUUGUAUACUGUGUGGUUUGUAUAAAAAAAAAAAAAGACAUGGGCAAAAUAUGUUAACUAAUUUUAAGAUAUUUGCCAAUUGUGACAAGGAGAAUAAGGUACUAUAAAUUGUCUAAUUAAUGUACAGUAUGUAGAGUUUACGUCUUGUGGAUAAAUCAGGAAGAGGUAUACAGUGUUUUUUUACAGGGGUGUUUUGUUUGUUUUUGGAAAGGAGGGGGAUAUUCCUUGAUCCACUCAGCACUAUGCUGCUAAGGCAACACAGUAGCCACUGGCUGCACAUUAUUUUAAAUUAAUCUGCCAAGUGUACCCAAAGAUGCCAUGAAACAUUCCAUUUUCCUGGGUAUGUACAAUUUACUUUGUCUUUCUGGGAUCCUGAUAAUAAGUAUCCAAUAAACUGAAAUGCAUCUCAGACAAUUAGGGAAACCAAUAGUGCACCGUGCCCCUAAUUCAUGUGUCCCUCCAACUUGGUCUCCACAGACAAAGCAAUUGGAUUGGAAAUGGAAGAAUGACAUCUGCGUAUUGCUUUCUCUUUCAUUGAAUUUCUGCUAAACAUAUGGUGACCGUUAUGUCUAGAUUUUAUCUGUCUAGUUAGAAAUUCUUUUUUUAUGCAAGCCGAUUAGUCUUUUAGGAUUAUAUCCAGGAAUAUUUUGGUGAUGAGCAUUUAGGUCAUAUCGAUUGGCCAUUCACGUACUGAUUCUAUAAUGAUCAUUUUAAAGUGGAUCUUCACUGCAUCUGGGCACCACA